CGCGGCACUGUGUCAAGUCUGUGCACACUUUUAGCUCCCCGCUAGUCAACUCACAGGUGCCGAGGGAAACCAUUCGGUGCGAUUGCAGGAACCAUGUCAGGUUCACAAGGCAUCCCAGGCUCGGCCCGCUUGAGGCUGUUGACUGGCUUGUUUCACAAGGGCCCUUGUCGCGACUCAUGGGGUCACGAAACAUCGGCUCUCAGGCCGAUAGAGCUACCUUGCCUUCGGCAUCGAAAAAGCUUCUGAUUUGUGCCUCAUCAUCAACACUCAAAAAUGGCCGAGUCACUAGGUCUGGUCUCCUCCAUCGCCCCCCUGGCGGCUGCCGGGUUCCAUGUGGCCAGAAAGAUAUCAACCGUUGCAGACGAUCUCGGAACGGCGAGUGCACAGAUCAUGUCGAUUGCUGUUGACAUAAAGACCGUCGCUAUCAUUCUGAGGGACAUCGAAGUCAAGCUGGUGGAAGGCAAGCGCUCGUCUCGCGAACUAAAUGAAGACACCCGGGAUGUGCUUGCCGAGGUCCUGGAGCUGUGCAGGUACGAGAUUGAAGACCUAGAGCGGAACCUGGCCCCGCUUAGGGGUGACGGCCAACGAGAAAGCACAUCGGAUAUCAAGCAAAUUGCCAAAUGGCUGUUGCAAAAGCCGAAGUUCGCGGCGAGGCACGCCUCCUUCGACUCACUCAAGAUGAAAUUAAGCCUCUUAUUGCACAACGUCCAAAUGUUUGGUGGAGACCGAUUACACGAACCAAACGUCAAUCACUCUGUAACACCCCCUGAUCAAUCGAAGGUCACCCACGCGGUUCUAGUUGUGGUCAGCCAAGUAAAUGAUGAUCACUCUCCACCGUUGUGUCAAAUCAUAGACGAAUAUCAAGAUGAACGACCACUGUAUGGCUCGGAACAUGCCCUGGAAGAAGCCGAGCAAAGCAUAGUGCAACUCAACCUGACCGAAGUCGAUGACUCAAGCUCGAGUCCCAUCACGACUCCUCGCCAGCCCCUCAACAACCCAGAUUCAACCAUGAUACAAGUUCAGGAGAAAGUGAGGUGCUCGGCAGUAGAGGAAACGAAGAGCCGGGAUCCUAGAGAGGCAGAGAAGGCUAUGCAGUGGGAAGCUUGGAAAGAAAGGAAGCAGGCCAAGCGGGCUGCCAGGGCGGCUUGGACGCAGGAGAGGCGUGCUGUUCGUGCAUGACGUGCCCUGAGGUACCAGUUUGAUGACGCCACAAUAGCGCGUUGGAAACUGUGAUACGGGUGGUGAGGAGUACUGGCUGGGAGCCCAGAUGUCAUCGGACACGAAAACGAUUGAAUAUGACAUCAGGUGGGAUCAGGCACAUGAGGGAAUCCAUGAGCUUCCGUCCCUUUAGUCAAGCUCAAAUAAUGUCGAACAGUUAGUUACUAUACCUGGUUUCAUUUCUAUUCAAUUUACGCCCGAUGUCAUACACAGCGCCUUCAUACAGC